AAUAAUGAAACUUCCGCUUCUCAAGCCCAAAACUCAUAUUCGGAUAGCUCGCCAAAAUCUCAUUAUGAAUCACGCGUGAAACAAAUUUCGGAAUCGCAAUCUAUUCCUAACACUCCUAAUUUACCUGAAGAAUCCUCAGAACAAAAUACAGACUUACAGAAAACAAAAAUCCCUGAAAUAGACGUACAGCCUUUGAUAGAAGAAUUAAGAAUAGAACCUUUAGUGGAAGAUACCGUUAAAGUUGUUAAUGUUGAUAAAAAUUCUACAGAUAAGCAAUCACUUGCAAUCGAAUUGAAUAAUGAAACUUCCGCUUCUCAAGCCCAAAACUCAUAUUCGGAUAGCUCGCCAAAAUCUCAUGAUGAAUUACACGUCAAACAAAUUUCGGAAUCGCAAUCUAUUCCUAACACUCCUAAUUUACCUGAAGAAUCCUCAGAACAAAAUACAGACUUACAGAAAACAAAAAUCCCUGAAAUAGACGUACAGCCUUUGAUAGAAGAAUUAAGAAUAGAACCUUUAGUGGAAGAUACCGUUAAAGUUGUUAAUGUUGAUAAAAAUUCUACAGAUAAGCAAUCACUUGCAAUCGAAUUGGUCCAUCUAUUUGAAAAAAUAAGCUUGGCAGAGAAUAAUACUAAAUGA